AUGAAGUUCAGCAUCAUCGCCAGCAUCUUUGCUCUCGCCAGCAUUGGCAUGGCCGCCCCGUCUCCAGAUGAUGCGGUCAAGAUCAACCAAGCUUUGGCAAAUUAUGAGAAGAUCACCUCGCUUAAGGCGCGUGCCGCUGCACCCGGUGCGACUCUGAACAAGAGAGGUCCCUGCCCCGAACCGGGAUCCGGCAACAUUGACCCGUGCUGCUUUGACGGAGGCCCAGACGAGAACUGCCAGUCUCGCUCCAACUGCUACACCCGUUGCGGUCCUAGCGGACCCAAUGACAUUGGAGGUCCUUUGGGAUGUCUUGCUGGUAAGUUGUCCUUGCUAGCAGAAGUGUACAAGAUCCUUUACGCUUACAAUUUCUAUCUAGGCUGCGCCUCGGUCUGCCCUAGUGACCCAGUGUGUUAA